CAUCCUCAUUCCGUGAAUUUACAUUCUAAAGGAAAUAUGGAUAUAGAGAAUCUUACAGAUUACAACUGCACCUCUGAACAUCUACAAAAAGGGAUUACACCCAAAAUACUUAUCUCACUUACCCUGUCUAUUUUGACUUUGAUGACGACGGCCAUCAAUUCCCUAGUCAUCGCUGCAAUAAUUGUGACACGGAAACUACAUCACCCCGCCAACUAUUUGAUAUGUUCUCUGGCCGUUACAGAUUUCCUCGUCGCCGUUUUGGUGAUGCCCUUUAGCAUCAUGUACAUCAUGAAAGAAACGUGGAUCAUGGGCCAAGCGAUCUGUGAUAUUUGGUUGAGUGUGGACAUUACUUGUUGCACGUGCUCCAUACUGCAUCUCUCGGCUAUCGCUCUGGACCGGUAUCGAGCUAUCACUGACGCCGUGGAGUACGCACGGAAGAGAACGCCUAAGCAUGCCGCAUUCAUGAUCGCAGUGGUGUGGAUCAUUUCCAUAUUUAUUUCAAUGCCUCCAUUAUUUUGGCGCCACCAAGCCCUCAAUAAAGAAGACGAAUGCAUCAUUAAACAUGACCACAUUGUAUUUACUAUUUAUUCUACUUUUGGAGCAUUUUAUAUCCCAUUAGCCCUGAUUUUAAUCCUUUAUUACAAAAUCUAUAAGGCAGCCAAGACUUUAUACCACAAACGGAGUGUCAGCAGAGUGGAAAGAGAACAAAAUGGGCAGGUUCUUUUGGACGCGACUACUACUUUAUGCAUAGCAGAAAAAUCUUUUUCUGACCAUUCCACAGAUUUCGACAAGAUCCACAUCACAGUAAGAAAUGCAAGGGUUGAAAUGAAGCAAGAAAAAGCCUACAGAAAGCAAAAGAUAUCCAGUACAAGGGAACGGAAAGCAGCAACAACUUUAGGACUCAUUUUGGGAGCCUUUGUUAUAUGCUGGCUGCCGUUUUUUGUUAAGGAAGUCAUUGUUAAUAUUUGUGAAUCAUGUUACAUCUCUGAUGAUAUGUCCAAUUUCCUUACGUGGCUUGGAUACCUCAAUUCCCUAAUCAACCCCCUUAUUUAUACAAUCUUUAAUGAAGACUUCAAAAAAGCAUUCCAGAAACUCAUGCGAUGCAGGCAUUAUCUUUAAGAAAAUACUAGAAAUGUAUUUAUGCUUGUCCAAAAAUUGACUGUAUCAGCUGAUUAUUUUAGCUACUUACUAAGGAAUCAUUUGUGCCCAAUGGGAUAAACAUUUUAUGGCUCAAAGUGCAGUAUUGUUUUCUUUGUUGAGAUAAAAUGGAACAACGAUGUUGUGCAACAUAAUCAAUGGAUAACUUAUGAUUUUAUAAAUAAAUAACUCAUCUUAUAUUCAUAUUUAUUUUGCAAGGGUAACUACAAUAUGUAAUCAGGAAUUCACGUAUGUGGGGCCUUGAUGUAAUUAGUUUUUAGUUUGCAUUUAUUAUUACUAUAAGUAGAAACAAUAAUUACAACAAUAAUCUGCCUCAAUUACAUUUAGCAUUUUAGAGACAAUCUCUUAAUAUGUUGUUAAAAAGGGGGUCUUCCUAUUACAUUCCUAUUACAGAUUUCUAAUCCAUGUUCUAAAUUUUACUGUCACUUACUUCAUAUAUAUAUAUAUAUAUAUAUAUAUAUAU